CGAUCCCUGGGCGUCUGUACGUGUCUGCAAACCUCUUUCCUUCCUGCCCUUUGGUUGUGGGGUCCGUAUCCACAUCUUGGGUACUAUUUUGUUUUGGUGUCAACGGCCGCCUUCAGCGUAGCAACCCGUUUCGUGAAUACCUUGACUUGUAAUUGUUUGCUUUCCCCUACGUAAUUUGCGAAAAGAACUGGAGACCCAAAUCUCAGGAAGGCCACUUGCUUCCCCAUAUCGUCCUCAACUUCGUGCUGCGAGGCUACCCGAGAAAGGAUUUUCAGUUGCUUUGAAACGACUGUAACCUUCGCUGCGAUGUCAUCUGCGUAACCCACAAAUUGAUUCCAAAGCGGUUACGCUGAAGGCGUGAGAGGGCCGGGCCGCGGGUGGCGCUACGCCAACGGCGUGAGCAAGCUGAGCUAGUGGCGUACUUAAGCAGGCGGGGCCGCCCCGGACGGCCGGGGGCGGGGUUGGUGAAUAGGGAAGUGGCGCAAAUUGGUGGAUCGCUCCGCUGAGUCUGUUCAUCGAAGCCGCCGCCACCUCCGCCGCCGCCCCCUGUCCCGGCCCCCCCCCUGGGUUUCCUCAGCCCAGCUCGGUCCAGCCCGGUUCUCGGGAGAAUGAAGUUCGUGUACAAAGAGGAGCAUCCGUUCGAGAAGCGCCGCUCUGAGGGCGAGAAAAUCCGAAAGAAAUACCCAGACCGGGUUCCGGUGAUAGUGGAAAAAGCCCCCAAAGCUCGGAUAGGAGAUUUGGACAAAAAGAAAUACCUGGUGCCUUCUGAUCUUACAGUUGGUCAAUUCUACUUCUUGAUCCGGAAGCGAAUUCAUCUCCGUGCUGAGGAUGCCUUGUUUUUCUUUGUCAACAACGUCAUCCCACCCACCAGUGCCACGAUGGGUCAGCUGUACCAGGAACACCACGAAGAAGACUUCUUUCUAUACAUUGCCUACAGUGAUGAAAGCGUCUACGGUCUGUGAAGCUGCUGUCCCUGAGGUGGGGGGUUCCAUUCUGCAGAGAGAGGUGGCGCUCCUUCCUUGACAUCCACUUCCUCCUUCAGGCGAAAACACCAUCUCCCUUCUUCAGGACCUGCACUUACAUGUUUGAGACUGUUUCUCCAGUCCCUCUCAGCAAGAGGGGGAAUGGUGGACACAGUCUCAGUACACCUCCUUUCUCCCCCUUUGUCUGCCCUCCAUGCCCACUCUGCUUUAGACUUUGAUUGUCAAUCUCUGUCACAUCCGUUGAUUGUUUUGGUUUCUAUUCCCUUUCUAACUGCCCAGCAGGCUCAGAACCCCAACAAUCCCUUCCUUUCACUACCUCUUUUUGGGGGGGUAGAUGGAAGGGAUUGACAUUGUCGGGGGGAGGUAGGAGGCACACCAAUAAAGAAGAAACCACCGAGCUGAAUUGAA